UGUUGAUUGGCCCCACUCCACAAUUGACUUUGACAGACAUCCACCACCAAGAGUUUUGGGUUAAGUAACUUUUUUAUGUUUAUUAUGUUUAUGUUUACUCUAUGAUUUUGUUUGCUUAUUAAAUAUUUCAAUCAAUUUUUUCUCGUUUAUCCUUACGAUGAGUGACAAACUUUUCGACGAAAUGUAUAUAGUGUCAUCCGAUGCAGAAAGGCAGUUUGGGGACCAAAAAAAUAUUUUCUAUGAUAGGGAGUCUGAUGCCAGUCAUUCUGUUAAAUCAGCUCUGAGAGCAUUCGACAGGGACAAUGGUAAUCUCUCUAGUUACUAUCAGGAAAAAGUUAUUCCCAAACUCACCGAUAGAAGUCACAACUUUUUCAAAUGGCUAAUAGACAGUGAACUUCUCUCAGCAAAUGUAGCCUGUCCGAAUUCAAAACAUGAUCAAAAUUGUUUAAAUAAAAUGGAACUUGUUAUAGCCAACGGAUUAUAUGAUUCAUAUCAGUUAAGAUGUAAGAACUGUUGUCGAAGGGAAUCAAUAAGGAAACAUUCAAUAUUUUAUGGAAUAAAAUGCAAUCUUAGAAGUGCCAUUCGAAUCUUAUAUGGAUGGUGUAAAGGAAUGGACCUAGAAAUAAUGUCGAAUAUUUUAGGUCUUGACAAACACAUUAUUGGAACAAUGUACAAUAGAACCACCAAAGUAGUUAACAACUGUUUGAGGUUAUUGAGAAAUUUAGGAGGAAAUAAUGUUGUAGUAUUGAUCGACAUUUAUCCGCAUUUGAUGAGCAACCAACGUGCUUUAAUAAAAAGUUCCCGUCCAAUUUUGUGCAUCACCCAAAUCUCGGGGAUACCUCAGAAGUACUGGCUAGAAGCGCUUGAUUAUUGGGAUCCAAAUAAUUCAGCAGACGUCACUAAAAUCACGAACCAAGUGCAUAGCAUUAUAUCCUCUCGGGUUCAUCCCGAAUCCACUUUGGUAUUGCCAAUUAACUCGACUCUUUCAUUUACUCAUUUGGCAGCUAAACUGAAGGAUCAGUAUUGCAAGGUACGGUGUUUAGACGAUUUGACAAAAUGUUCCUCGUCCUCAGAAGUGCUUUCAUCAGUUUUGGAAACUAUAUGGAAUGUACCAUUAGCAAUAUGCGAAGAAGCUCAAUAUUUCAAUCCCGAUUAUGUAGGUCAAUUUUUGACAAAACAUAUUUGGAAUAAAGUGUAUGAGGAAGAUAGCUUUGUAGAGCUGAUUGGUCUUAUAGCUAAUGAAACCAAGAGAAAUGAGAUUGAUUAUUGUUUAAACGUGUAACGGUUUACUGCCAAUGGGCUAAGUAAAUAAAAAGAAGUGAAUGCUUCUAUAGGGCAUUGUUAAGUAAUUACUUAAGAAUGUGUGAAUAAAGUGUAAGAAUUGUCUGAUGAAAAAAGGGUUUCUUAUCUAUGUAGCAAGUAUUUGCAAAAUGGAGUAAAGCGUAGGCAAAUCAUUAUGUAAUCAAUGCGGGUGGCAGUUUAAGUCUCUCUAACUUCAAAUUCCAUUUUCUCCGAAACAAUAUGCAAAAAUUAAGUUAAUGAAAAAUUUAGUCGAAUUUAAACCAAAAUUCAAAAAAAGAGUCCUUCAGUGAAAAACUCGCACAUUUGCGAUUUGCAAAAAAAUCGAAAAUUUCCAAAAAAUAUUGAAAUUUCUUUUGACCGUUGGGUUGCUCCUUAAAAUACAUUUUAGCAUUUUAAAAUCUUGGCGCUCCGCCAAACUUGAAGCAAAAGAGCGUGUUUCCAGGAACAACCAGCGCUUCAGCUCUUUGAAAAUUUAAACACCCCUGGCUCUAAAAGGGUGAUCAUAAUUAACUUUGGUCCAGCAACAACUUUUUACGCCAAAUUUAUGGGCUUUAUAAGUUUUUCAAUUUCUGGAAAAAUGAGUUUUACGCUUGCCAAUAUUCAGAGUCCAUUUUCUUCCAAACUGCUGCAAAUACAAAUUUUCCUAUAGGCAAUGAAUGUGUGGAUAACCCACUUUUCCAACAAUCUCAUGUUCUAUUUUGAAAAUGAAUUAAUCGACAAAAAAUUGAAAGUAUUUUGUUCGGAAAAUCGUUUUUUCUCAUUUUCGCAAUUUAAAAAAAAUGCGACCACAAAGAAAAUAUUUAUAACAUUUGCCUUGAAAAAUCGUCUUUUCGUCCUUCCAACUCUUAUGACUUCAAAAUAACUCGUUUUAGAACGAAUUUUCAAUGAUCCAAAUCGGGUCCGUAUUAAGAGUUACUUAUUUAUUCAUACUCAAGGAUCUGAUGCGCCAUAUAAUGAUAAUAACAGCAUAAAUUCAUAAAAUGCAUGUCAUUCACGUUGGUGUUUGCCAUCAUACAAAGUAGUUAUUUUCUUAAAUUAUCUACAAAAUUUAUCAUUAGGCGACACAAGCAACGGGGGUGUCAUGACCACCAUGACCCCCACUCUGGAUCCGCCCUUGUUUGUAGGGCUUGUAUAUUUGGAUUUUUUCCAUAUUUGGACACUUAUUUCUGAGACACCAUGUAUGUUCCGUUGUGUUUCGUUAUGAAAUACACAUUUAAUAAUCACCCAAACAGAUAUUUAUUUUUGCCUUCGAACAAAAAAAACGAAAAUAUAUAAUAUAAUUAUAAUUUUAAAUAACAAAUACUUGCUAUUUUAAAAAUAAUUCUAAAUAUUUUCCAGCAUCUACCACUUAUUAAAAUUAAAUUGUUAUUUACCUAAAAUAAAAUAUUGUUUACAGCCUAGCCUGUUUCUAGGUCUAUGCUUUACAAAAUAGUACAUAUUUUAAGUUUUCUGUUUACCACUGUUUAUUCACUUGGCCCAAUGCAUUUCGUUUACUAAUGUGACGUUUGACACCCGGAUAAUUGCUUAUGAUGAUUUUUUCUUGUUGAUACCCAAUGAUUGGAAGAAUUAAUACGGUUUAAGUUUUAUUAUUAAGUUUGAAUAGAAACGUGCCCCGAAAUGACGUAAUUAUUUACUUGUUAUAAUGGAUAUAAUCUCUUACCGUAGAUUAAGUUUGUUAGAAUAUAAUUUUAUACUCUAUUAAUAAUUAAAAUCACUUAUUAUGUUAACUCGGCUCAAGAAAUGUUUGGUGAACUUGACCUGAACGUUUAGUGUAUUUUUUAUGCAAGCAGUAACUGGUAGCAGCUUAGUUUGUUUUUAAUGGUAUUUAUAAAUUCGGGGGCCACCAUUUAAUUUAGAUUUAGUGACAGUUUCAGGGUGACGAUAAAAAAACAAUGAAAACUUUUGAAUUUAAUAAAUAUUUAUGCCACAUUCGUGGCCAUUCGUUUUUUUAUUGUCACCCGGUAGUUUUUAUACAUUAUGCAGAACUGCCAACAUAUUUCUUUUGAAUGUUCGCUUCUAUCAAUUUCAUCUUUUAAAAGUUUAUUUGUCACAAUUCAUGUACACCCUGCUAUGAUUUUGAAAGCUUUUAAAAAAAUUCCGAUAUUAACGUUACAGAAAAACUUCCAGAAUUAAACAAACGUGAUAAUUAGUCCGAAUUACCGAGUUUAGUAGAUAUUAGAACAGAGAUGUUAUUUUUAGUAAUGAUAUACGCAAAAUUCCGAUUCUUUAUGUAGCAAUGUAGGUACUUCUAAAAAAAAUUCUAUCUGAAACCAUUCUUGGUUUCAUAUUAAACUUGUUACUACAUAAUGUUGAUAUUGUUUACUGUUGAAACUGAUUGCCUAUAAUAUAUGUUUAUCUUAAGUACAUCUUUGAAAGAUAUGCAUAUUUUUACUGAAUUGGAAUUUGUUGCAAAAUUAAGUUUAACUGUUGAACUCAUGUUAAACCCUAUUUGUUAACUAUUAUCAAGCGAAAAAUUGAGCCAAUUUGAAUGUAGUACAUAUUGCUUUUAACGAAAUAACUUUUUUGUUCAUAAUGUACACGUGUUUAAGAUAUAUACAAUAAUUUUUUUAACGUUCAUGUUGAUAUUUGUAAGCAAUAAACUAUUAGAGGACAUUUUAAAAUGUUUUGAAAUUGGAUCAAUAUGAAUAUGCCAAAGUUAUGUUUUAGUGAAAUAGAGGAGAUAAACCGUA